CAUCUUCCCAGCUCUUGCCUCAUCUAUACACUCCCCCCUUCUCUUCCACGACUAAUACUGCUACCAGUAUUUGCACAGCACAAUUUUCUCUCAUUCCCGAUAAAUCUUUGUCAUCCAAACUUCUACCAUGUUCCGGAACAACUAUGAUAACGAUGCGGUCACCUUCUCCCCGCAGGGUCGGAUUUUCCAAGUAGAAUAUGCGCAAGAAGCAGUCAAGCAGGGAUCUGUCGUGGUGGGGCUGGUUAACAAGACACAUGCAGUCCUUGUCGGCUUAAAGCGAAAUGCCGAAGAGCUCUCCUCGUACCAAAAGAAGAUUAUCGAAAUCGACUCCCACAUGGGCAUUGCUAUCGCCGGUCUAGCAUCGGACGCUCGUGUGCUCUCUAACUACAUGAAGCAGCAGUCUCUCAGCUCCAGAAUGACUUACGGUCGUCCUAUCCCCGUGGACCGCAUCGUUAAUCAGAUCGCUGACCGCGCCCAAACGAACACCCAGCAUUACGGUAAACGGCCGUAUGGUGUCGGCCUGCUGGUUGCCGGUGUCGACGAAGCUGGUCCCCAUCUAUUUGAAUUUCAGCCGUCGGGCAUGAUACAUGAAAUGCUGGCUUGCGCUAUCGGUGCUCGUUCGCAGAUGGCCCGAACCUACCUGGAGCGGAACUUAGAGAAGAUUACGAACAGUACCAGUGAUGAGCUUAUCACCCAUGGCCUGCGGGCACUCAAGGAGACACUGUCUCAGGAUAAAGAGCUGACUGUUGAUAAUACCUCUGUGGGUGUGGUCGGCCUUGCAGAGGAAGGAAAGGGAAAGAUUGAGAGCUUCAAGCAUUACGAAGGUCAACAACUCGUCCCGCUGCUAGAGGCUGUGGAGUCGGGAGAAACGAAAGAAGAGGAGGUGAUGGAGGUUGAUUCGUAGGUUUUUGAGGUCAAACCUAUAGAUAUAAAUUCCUGAUUAUUGUGACGCUGGAGAUUAGCAGCACUUUCCCCUCUUUCUCGAUUUGUUAUACGCAGACAUUAGUACGAACUCAGGAUAAUACGAUAUUGACUCUCUAAGCGCGGUGUAUUU